UCACGGGGUCAAAAGUCAACCAGAGCUUGGACAAAAAAACACCCCGUAUCUUCACAAACUACCAGUCUCAGCACCUACAACUACAGGCUAGAGGUCUCUAACUAAAGCUAUGUCGCGUCGGAUCUUACUUUGACGUUGUUAUGAUGGGUUUAGAGAUUCAGUGUUUUGUUAGAGCGGAGAGCACGAGAUAACAGGGCGCGGUAAACCCCCAGGUGUGAUCAGACGACCCCGUGUGCACACGAUGUCGUUUGGCAAGCUUGAACUCCAAGGACACCACCUCAGCUGCUGUAAGAAGUUUACAAUUCUUCUUGUCUAGUGUCCACAGCGCUUGGAUUUUCCUCAGAAUCUCGUUUGUAUUAUUGGAUAACCCUUCAUUUUUUGUGGGAAGCACUCAGAGCUCCAGGCGUGGGCGACCGUGAGAGCAGGGGAUCAGAGAUCAGACGAUAGGAACCAACUCGCCCAGGCUACACUGGUUAGCUUCUAGUUCUACCCCGAGGACAAUUUUAUUUCACGUUUCUCUGGGUUUUGUGGAAAUUUUUUGGUCAGAAACCAUGAAGUUGAAAGCUAGGUUGGUCACGGGGGUUUUGUUUAUCACGCUGGUGGCUUGCGGGUUACUGGUGUUGAACGGGAACCUCCGCGUUGCCGUGGAGUUCACGGCGGAUCCCGCGGCGGGGCAGGGCGCCGGCCGCGCCGCCCAGGGUGCCGAGACGUCCCGGUAUGGAGGCAAGGCCGCGGUGGGACCAGCCAACAAGAAACUGUUAAACGAAGAAUACGGCGUCAACAGCAACGUAAGUAACGGCUUGAGUGCUAUGAGCUCGGGACAAAAUCCUAACAAAUCUCCAGAAAAAGGAAUCCACGAAGAAAACAAAAUCGUGGAACGACCACCAACGGUUGCUCAUAAACUGCAGAGCACCGUCCAGAAAAACAGGACUUCCCAGAAGACAGGCAUCUUAUAUACCGGCUCGAAACUGAGACGUCUCUUCCAAAAUCCUUUAUACAAUAUACCAGAACGUGUGUCAACAGCUGACUAUCUUCUAAAGCCGGCUAGGUGGCUACAUGCGACAGCAGAAGAGAGAAAACAUAUCAAGUUGGGAGAGAACAGUGGAGAAGAUGACAAAUCAGCAAAUGGAAAUGGUGGAAACUUUACAAUGGGAAAUGGAGGAAACGUGCAGGUGCCUGUACGACAGAAGGCCAAUGAUGAGGAGUCUAUUAUACAUAAGCAUAAAAAACAUCACCACUCCAAAACUAUCAAAAAAAGCAAGGAAAAAAAGCUGCCUGCACCAACUUACAAAAGUGAGGAAGUGCUUCAUGAAAAGAAGCCCUGGCGUCUGUUGCAGUUCGGCAUCACCAGGUACUCUCUGUAUGCGAGAAACGACCCCAAUGUGGAAGAAGUGCUGAAAGCCAUACGCACCCAGGAGGUGACAUAUGUCGAAAUGAAGCCAGGAGGGACCCAGCUGAAACUGUUCAUGGAGUUUGAAGACACCAGCAUUGGCCUCUUCAAGCCAUGGAGGUGGCCCAGAGACAGGGAGACCCCACCCGAUCACUUCUACUUCACCGACUACGAGCGCCACAAUGCGGAGAUCGCUGCGUACCACCUGGACAGGAUCCUGGACUUCCGCAGGUGCCCGCCCGUAUCCGGGCGCUGGUUCAACGUCACCAGUGAGAUCAGGCAGAAGUCAGAGGAUGAAAAACUUCUCAAGACGUUCUUCGUUUCACCAGUCGGUAAUGUGUGCUUCUUCGGUGACUGCUCAUACUACUGCAACACGGAGCACAUGAUCUGUGCCAUCAAGGACCAUCACAUGUUGGAGGGGUCGGUGGCUGCCUACCUCCCACGCUGGCAGGAGGCUCCCAGGAAGACAUGGAAACACCCGUGGAAGAGAUCCUACUCUAGAGUCAGGAAGGCUGAUUGGGAGGUGACAGACGGGGAAGCGUUUUGCCGACAGGUCCGGAGCACUCCGCCGUACGACAAAGGACGACGCUUUGGUGACCUGCUAGACCUGACUGUAUAUGACUUCCUCAUGGGUAACAUGGACAGGCAUCACUAUGAAACAUUCAAAGCAUUUGGGAACAAUUCUGCUCCUAUUCACUUGGACCAAGGAAGAGCAUUUGGCCGCACCACACAUGACGAAAUAUCUAUUCUAGUUCCAAUUUACAGCUGUUGUAGUAUACGUAAAUCCACGUGGUUGCGACUCCAGCUCCUAGCCAAGGAGGAUUACCGCCUUAGCGACGUGAUGCGAGAAUCCAUGCGGACAGACCCCAUCGCGCCCAUCCUCACAGAACCACACCUUCUCGCUUUAGACCGGCGUGUGGGCAUCAUUCUGGACACUGUUGCCAAGUGUAUCCAGAAGAAAGGGGCAGAAAAUGUGCUCUUAGAAGAUCUAAAAGACACGUAACUUUUUUAAUGCAAUAAUACCAAUCGGUGAUGUUGAAAUUCAUUCUUUGGAAAAGGCUUCCAGAUCAUCUUUUAAAUCAUUCAGUUGGCAGACGAGCUGUAAAUUUGAAGUCCUAUAUAAUUCUAUAGUUGAUUACUGCGCAACGACGUGAGGGUAUUAUUGUCUUUUAAUAAUCUGUACAGAGAUAUUUGUAUAAAGAGAUUAUCAGAUAUAUAUUAUACUAAUUAGAUAAGACAUAAUUAUUAUGUUAACUCAGCACAAAAAAUUAAAAUAUUAACUUUCAAAUUGGUAGAUCAUAUUUCAGUUGUUUCUGCAUCAAUGUCAUUGUAUUAUAUGUCAAUCAAAAGCUUAAUUUCCUUUCCUAUGGUAGCUGACUUCUUAUGAUUCUAAAUUCAUGAAACGAGCACCAAGCCUGCUUACAUGAGUGGGUCACACACACAAAUUGCAGAAAUUUCCCUGCUUGUGUUUAUGACUGUAUCAUCCUGUUGGUAUACAUGUGGACGUGGGUGUCAACCAUUCAAUGAAUUUUUUUUUUUUUCACAUCUUUUUUGGUAUACAGAACAUCCAAGUUUUUUUUUUUAGCACAUUUACCAUUUUUUAUAUGGUAUCAAAAGCCAUUCUGCUAGAUUACACGACUUGUCCACACAGAGUAAGGUUCAUUGCAGACUACAUUUUGUACCUUCAGGAUGCAGGAGUACAGUCUCAGGAGUACAGGAUGGAAUAGCCUUCCAAAAGCCUAUAGCUACUUGUAGCACCCAAUUGAACACAUCUUGGGGCAAAUUGUGUGCUUGAAUAAUGAGUAACAGUGGCUGUGAUUAAAGUGUGACAGUCAUGUUUAUUCAAGUUGCCCUCAUGCUCAUCCACAAGUCAAUACUGACGAAAGAAGAAGUGAAUUUCAGCACUUUCUUUCCAAGAAUUUACAAUCAUAUGAGAAGUUGGAUACCAUAGUAAAGGAAAAAAACACAAGCUUUUUAAUGAUAUACAAACAACGUAAAUAUGAUCAACUGAAGUUGAUAUUCCAAACUUUUUGUGCCAAGUUUAUAUUAAUUGGUGAUUGUUGCAAAAGAUAGUUUAUUGCAUUUUCAAUGUCAUAUGUGCAUACUGCAAAUAAUACCAUUAGAAGGGAUACAGUGUACAAUGUGCUUUGUUGAUGUUAACAAGGUACAUUGUGCUUUGUGAAAGGUAAAAAUGUGAAGAGUAUAAAUGACAUUUUGAACAAAGAAUAUAUCAAAUAAUGUUUUUGAAUAUCAUUGAGGCUAAUUAUAGAUCAGCCCAGAAAUCUUAAUCAUGUCCAAGAAAACUGAUUAAAAAAAAAUGAAUGUUUUUUUACAGAAAAUUAAAUUUCACAUUCCAAAAGGGAAUAUUUUUGGUGUAGGUUCAAAAAAAGAUUUUCUUGGUGAAUAUAAUUCUAUUGUGUAGAAUCUGAUGUACUUUUGAUCUAUGUUAAUAAUAUGACAUUCCUAUUGCUGAAGUUUUACAAAGAUGAUUAUUAUAUUUAUAUUUGACAACCUUUAAAGUCAUUCAAUUUUUAAGAUCCCUCAUUACAAUGCCCACUGGGAGUCUAUUCUCAUUUCCAUUUUACAUGAGAUGUUAUUUACAUUAUAAUAUUAUACAUUAGUUUUUUCAUUGAAUUGACAGCAUAUUUGCAUAAGUUGCAUUUACAGUAGUGCCAAUUUUGAAUGUUGGUUAACUUCAACUUUUGUAUAAAAAUCAUUAAAAAAAUGAUUUUUUCAUGCAGAAUUGUACUAUGGCAGACAGUGAAGUAACUGAAGUAACAGUUGAAAAAUGUGGUGUAAAAAUGUGAGUUUAUUUAUAAUUUAAGUCCUACAAACCUACUGCAUUGGCCAGCAAGAUACAUGUAUGUGAUUUUUGUGUUCAGUGAUAUGUUGCUUUUCAAACCAACUUCUUUUAAAGCAAACAGGCAGGACAAGUUUUUAUUUUAAUGUCUCUUUUUUGGCAUAAUGUGAAAUAAAACUGACAAAAUUUUCAUAUCUAUAUGGACAAGUACACUCGACUUGUAUU